AUGGCGCCGGCAGACAGGACGAACCGCCAUGAAAAGAAGCUGAAAGGCCUGCAGCGUCUGCGGUGGUGGUGCGAGGUGUGCCAGAAGCAGACGCGCGACGAGAACGGGUUCAAGCAGCACACGCUGAGCGAAGGACACGUCCGGGCGAUGCAGGUCGUGGCGGAGAACCCGAAGCAGUUCAUCGAAGGCUACAGCAGAGACUUCCAGCGCGACUUUCUACAGCUGCUACGGACGUCUCACGGCGAGAAGGCCAUCCAGCUCAACCACUUCUACCAAGAGUACAUCUCCGACAAGACACACGUCCACCUGAACAGUACAAAGUGGCCCAGCCUGACGGAGUUUGCGAAAUACCUUGGCCGGGAAGGGAUAUGUCGGGUAGAGGAGAAGGAUGACGGUAUAUUCGUGCAGUGGAUCGAUAACAGCCCUGACGCCGUCCGCCGACGAGACGUACUGCAAAGGGCCAACCGGCUGGAGGAGCAGGAGGUGUCUGAACAGAGGGAAAUACUGAAGCAGGUCGAGCGAGCCCGUCAGAAGAUGAACGUCGCGACCGAACCUGAGCCCGAGCAGCCGGCCGAGCUGGCCAAGGAGAAAUGGACGGACUUUAGCCUCAACCUCAAGUCGUCCACCAACUCACCGAAGCCGGUCGAGCCGGAGAAGCAGGUCUCUACGCAGAAAGCUACGGGCAAGCCGGCGAAGAAGCCCAAUGUGUUUGGGACGAAGCGGAAGCAGCCGAGCGACAAGCCCGACGCGCCCAGGAAGAUGACCGAGAUCGAGCGGAUCAUACAGCGAGACAUGGAGCAGAAGCGGCGGCGCGUCAAAGUCGUCGAUAGAUGCCUGUCGGAGCUCGGCGUUGCAUCAUACUUCUUGCCCCUCACCCACCAUCUCUACCACCACCAUCUCUAUCAUCAUCACUACUAUCAUCACAUCAGUACUAUCACCACAUCAAACGAGAUGGCGACCGACCCCUCCAAGUACAAGCUCAACCAUACGAUGCUGCGGGUGAAGGACCCCGAGCGAUCGCUCUCCUUCUACAAGUUCCUGGGCCUGUCGCAGAUCAACCGCCUGGACUUCCCUGAGAACAAGUUCUCCCUCUACUUCCUGGCCUACGACGGCCCCCAGUCGCUCUCCGGCACCAACGCGUGGACGGACAGGAACGGCGUCCUCGAACUGACACACAACCACGGCAGCGAACAUGACGACCACUUCUCCGUCUCCAGCGGCAACACGGAGCCUCACCGCGGCUUCGGCCACAUCGCCAUCGCGGUCGACAACAUCGAGCUGGCCUGUCGACGCCUGGAGGAAGCAGGCCACCCGUUCCAGAAGAAGCUGAGCGACGGCCGCAUGAAGCACAUCGCCUUCGCCCUCGACCCUGACGGCUACUGGGUCGAGCUCAUCCGCCGCGGAGACGCAGACGAGGCUGUAGCAGCCACAGACCCGGCAUCCUACCGCCUCAACCACACGAUGCUGCGUGUCAAGGACCAGACGGCCUCGCUGAAGUUCUACCAGGAGACGAUGGGCAUGACGCUGCUACGAACAGCGGAGGCACCAGAGGCGGGCUUCAACCUCUACUUCCUCGGCUACCCUGCCUCCAACCCUCCCGCAGAGUCUACCGCGCGCAACCCCAUCGCCGGCUGGGAGGGUCUCCUCGAGCUGACCUGGAACUACGGCACCGAGAAGCAGGACGGGCCCGUCUACCACGACGGCAACUCCCAUCCCCAGGGCUUCGGCCACAUCUGCGUCACGGUGGACGACGUGGAGGCGGCGUGUGGGCGGUUCGAGUCACUGGGCGUGCGGUGGAAGAAGAGACUGACGGACGGGCGGAUGCACAACAUCGCCUUCCUCCUUGACCCGGACGGCUACUGGGUGGAAGUCGCCCAGAAUGAGGCCCUUCGCACCGACGAGCCGGUCGAGUACGACGACGACGAGGACUACAGCGACAACUGCUUCUUCUUCCCCGAGGACUGCGUCUACAACCCGCCAGACUGCGCCAGCAACCCGGAUGCCGCCGACUCUGCCUCCGACACGGACAGCCUCCCCGACGAGAUGACGCCCGCCCUCCCGGAGAUCAAGAUGCUCGACACCGCCGCCCUCGCCGGCCUCCUCGCCGACAACCUCGCCCCUCCAGAGAUUACCUCUAUCUUUAUAUUCGCGGCGAACGGGGCGGUGUUUGCGCACGCGUCGGGGCUCCCCCAGCGCAGGAUACGCAACCUGUGCGCGACGUACGGCGCCGCGUACAAGUCGUAUGCCGUCAAGGCGCCCCAGGGCAACCUCACCGGCGUCAGCGCCUCCGUUCACCCGUCUGCCUUCUCCUCCGCGCCGUCUAUACCGCUCGGUAACGUGGGCUCCAUCAUGUUCGAGCUGCAGGACAUGGUCGCCGUCGUCACCAAGAUCGCAGACAAGGUUCUUCUCGCUGUUGUAGGGCCCACGCACGUAGAAGAGCCCGCCAGGACGUCAGGUCGGAACGGCGCCGGGACACCUGGUCGAGCGAGGAUGGUCGCCGGUUCGGCGGCCAGUGACUCGGAGAGGACGGUCAAGGCAGGGGACUCUCCCUUCUCCAGCACCCUCGAGAGCCCCGGGUCAGACCUCGCGUCGAGCAAGCUGGCCUCGUCCGCGCCCAACCCCGCCUCCCUCUCCCUCUCCAGUCUGGCCGGCAGACGGUCGGACGAGCAGAUCGAGCGCGCAGAGGUGAAGCAGGACGAAGACGCCAUAGACCAGGCUCUCAGGGCACAGUGGGCCAUAGACCGCAGCCACGACCUCGACCGGCUGGCUGGGCUGAACCUCGCCUCCAGCCCGCACAUCCUCCUCGCCCUCGAGUCCAAGUCGGCCGCCCUGGGCAAGUUCCUCGGUAACAAGCUGGCCGACCUCGAGUCUCCAGAGGAUUUUUAG